AUCCAAAAAUUUGUAAGCAAGAGAGAGAGAGAGAGUAAGGGUGGUGAAAAACGAUGAAGCCAGGUGAAAUGUUUGCUCACAUAGGAUCCAUAGUUGCUUCCUUGAUGUUUGUUUGGGCCAUGUUUAAGCAAUUUUUCCCUUAUCAACUAAGCAACCAAAUUGAGAAACACUCCCAAAGAUUGGUGACCUUAGUCUACCCUUACAUCCAAAUCACAUUCCAUGAGUUCACUGGUGAGAGACUCAUGAGAAGUGAGGCCUAUUCUGCCAUAGAGAACUACCUCAGCUCCAAGGCAUCAACACAAGCGAAGAGGCUCAAAGCUGACAUAGGGAAGAACAACCAGUCUCUUGUUCUCAGCAUGGAUGACCAUGAAGAAGUAGCUGAUGAGUUCAAUGGUGUAAAGCUUUGGUGGGCCUAUGGGAAGCACAUUUCCAAGUCACAAUCCACAAUUUCCUUCCACCACCCUAUGUCAGAUGAGAAAAGGUACUAUAAACUCACUUUUCAUAAAAGCAAUAGAGAUUUGAUCUUAGGGAGAUACCUUAGUCAUGUGCUGAAAGAGGGUAAAGCAAUUAAGGUUAAAAACAGGCAAAGGAAGCUUUAUACCAAUAGUGGUGCUUAUUGGAGCCAUGUAGUGUUUGAGCACCCUGCAACAUUUCAAACACUAGCUAUGGAUCCAAAGGAGAAGGAAAUGAUCAUUGAUGAUCUCAUAACAUUCAGCAAGGCAGGGGAGUUCUAUGCAAGGAUUGGAAGGGCAUGGAAGAGAGGGUAUCUGCUUUAUGGUCCCCCAGGGACCGGUAAGUCCACGAUGAUUGCGGCCAUGGCGAAUUUCUUAGGCUAUGAUUUGUAUGAUCUUGAGUUGACUGCUGUGAAGGACAACACUGAGUUGAGGAAGCUCCUCAUUGAGACAUCUAGCAAGUCUAUAAUUGUGAUUGAGGAUAUUGAUUGUUCACUUGAUUUAACCGGUCAACGAAGGAAGAAAAAGGAAGAGGUGGAGGAGAAGGAUCAAAGGCAAAAACAACAAGGAAUGCAAGAAAGAGAGGUUAAGAGUAGCCAGGUAACUCUUUCUGGUCUUUUGAAUUUCAUUGAUGGGUUAUGGUCUGCUUGUGGAGGAGAAAGACUAAUAGUUUUCACCACAAACUAUGUGGAGAAAUUGGACCCUGCAUUGGUUAGGAAAGGGAGAAUGGAUAAGCACAUUGAGUUGUCAUAUUGUGGCUAUGAGGCAUUCAAGUUGUUGGCUAGGAAUUAUCUCAACAUUGAAUCACACAAUCUGUUUGGCAGAAUAUGUGAAUUGCUCAAGGAAACCAAAAUCACCCCAGCUGAGGUUGCAGAACAUCUGAUGCCAAAGAAUGCUUUUAGGGAUGCAGACCUUUACUUGAAGAGUCUGAUUCAAGCACUUGAAUUGGCAAAGGAAGAUGCAAGAAAGAGCCAGCAUGAUCCUCAUUGGACUGAAAAUGAUUCAGAAGACAAAGCAACAGAAAAGUCAACAAACUACACAUCAACUUGAUGCAAAGUAGAGUCACUAAGAUAAAGAGUGUGUGAAAGGAGUGAAUCAUAGUGGGAGGGAGUAGACAAGACAAGCACACUAUAUGCUCAUUUUGUUGUUUAUAACCUCAGAAAAUUGGUAAGCUAACAAAUAUCCUAAGGUAUUGGUUGAGUAAACAGAAGUAUAUUUAAUACUCACUAACAUCCUUAUGAUAUUUAGUAGCUGAACUUUAAAAGUUUAUAGAACUACACCUGUCCUUUGUGGCUUUAGACAUUGUUAAUUUGUUAUAUGGCCUAAUCUAAGUAGUACCUAAUUGAUGACCUAACUAAAAUUCCAACAGAGAUAUGCUGAUGAUUGAAAAUUGAGAGAAUAUGUUCGAAAUUAUUAUGAUUUUUGUUAUGUUCC